AUGGGGGCGUGGUUUGAGCGCCAUAGAAAGCAAUUGAGUGGGCGUGGUUUAACCGUGGGGGCGUGGUUUAAGCGCCAUAGAAAGAAAGGCGAGACCCCCCACCCAAAAAGAGCAUCUAAAAAGGGGAGGGGGAGGGCCGGGUGGGGAGGGGUGGGCCUGAAAAAGGAGAUCGGGCUGCUCAGCGCCUGCGGCAUCAUCGUGGGGAACAUCAUCGGCUCGGGGAUCUUCGUGGCCCCCAAGGGUGUCCUGGCGCACUCGGGGGCGGUGGGGCCGUCCCUGCUGGUCUGGGGGGUGACGGGGGCCGUGACGGCCGUGGGGGCUCUUUGUUACGCCGAGCUGGGCGUGGCCAUCCCCAGGGCGGGCGGGGACUACGCCUACGUCUGCCACGUCUUCGGGGGGCUCCUGGGGUUUUUGCGCCUGUGGAUCUCGGUGCUGGUGAUUUACCCCACCAACCAGGCCGUCAUCGCCCUCACCUUCGCCAACUACGUCCUGCAGCCCCUCUACCCCUCCUGCCACACCCCCGAGGCCGCCCAGAGGCUCCUGGCUGCUGCCUGCCUGCUGCUGCUGACGUGGGUGAACUGCCGCAGCGUGCGCUGGGCCACGCGUGUGCAGGACGUGUUCACGGCGGGGAAGCUCCUGGCCCUGGCGCUCGUCAUCGGCACCGGCGCCGCCCUCAUCGCACACGGCGAAAAUCGGUGGCUGAGCCCGUCGGGAGCUUUCCAGUUCUGGUCGUCCCCCAGCGUGGGGUCGCUGUUCUUGGCCUGCCUGCAGGGAUCCUUCGCCUACGGGGGGUGGAACUUCCUCAACUACGUCACCGAGGAGCUCGUCAACCCCGACAGGAACCUCCCCCGAGCCAUCGGCAUCUCCAUCCCGCUCGUCACCUUCCUCUACGUGGCGGCCAACGUGGCCUACCUGGCGGCCAUGAGUCCCCACGAGCUGCUGCAGUCCCAGGCCGUGGCCGUGACGUUCGGGGAGAAGGUUUUGGGGUCCCUGGGCUGGGUGAUGCCGCUGGCCGUGGCUCUGUCCACCUUCGGAGGCGUCAACGGCUCCCUCUUCACCUGCUCCAGGCUCUUCUACGCCGGGGCCAAGGAGGGGCACCUGCCUGCCCUGCUGGCCAUGAUCCACCUGCACAGGAACACCCCCAUGCCCGCCCUCCUGCUCACCUGCGUGUCGACGCUGCUGAUGCUGGUGACGGGCGACAUCUACACCCUCAUUAAUUACGUGGGCUUCGUUAAUUACGUGUGGUACGGCGUCACCGUCGCCGCCCUCCUCGUGCUGCGGCGCCGGGAGCCCCACCUGCCCCGCCCCAUCAAGGUUUCCGUGUUUUUCCCGGUGUUCUACCUGCUCUUCUGGGGGGCCCUGCUGGUGUUCUCGGUGUGGGCCGAGCCCGUCGUGUGCGGGGUGGGUUUGGGGGUCACGGCCACGGGGGCCCCCCUCUACCUGCUCCUCGUCAGGGAAGGGGGCUCCAAACCCCCCCAGAUCCGCAGAUUCGUAGGUGAGGAAAAUUUGGGAAAAUUUUGGGAAUUUUUUGGGAAAUUUUUAUGAUUUUUUUGGAAUUUU